AUGGAUGAUUUUGAGCGAAUUCGGGCAGUGUUGCUACGAGAUCGAUUACCUUUUGCGGCAAGACAACAGCUGCAACAAGACAUUGGGUUUGAUCAGAUCAUUAACAACAGAGGAAGGGGCCGCAUCUAUCGCUACCAGGGCCCCCUGCCACCCAGAGUACCAAAUCCAGUGGUCAGAGGAGAAGCAAGGUUUCAGCGGGUCAAAGUUGAGGAUGAUGUUUUGAGUUACAGCGGAGGAGCUGGGGAGCUUGUGGGCCUCUAUGUGGCAGCACACACACUUGAUCACUACAGUCACUAUGUCGAAAUAGAAAUCCUGGACAUCGGAGAUCUGGGACAGAUAUGUAUAGGUCUAGUGCCAGACAAAUACGCCCUAAAUUGCCAGCCUGGUGUUGAGGCUAACUCCGUUGGCUACCUAGCUGAGAGUGGCAAAUUCUUCAUUAACCACGGUCGUGGGAUUUGUGAUACCAGCCAGUCAGGUCCACCAUGUGGGAUUGGUGAUAGGAUGGGGGUGGGGAUCCGCCUGGUGGAUGAUCCCGCUGGAGGAGACAGACACAGUUCUAGAGUGUUCUUCACAAGAAAUGGACAAGAGGUAAAGAGUUUUGAACUCACACUGAGGCCUUAUCAGUUAUUCCCUGCAGUAGGAAUGCAGUCAGAAGGGGAAGAAGUGGUUCUGCGCCUUGAUGCGGUCUGGAACCCCGAUGACAUCACACAGAUGGUUGUGGAUUGUGGCGAGGAGGAUUGGGUCAGACUUGAUGAUAUUCGACUCAAUGGAACGAUUCUGGAAUAUACAGGGAGAGGCAGAACGAUACACGAUGUUGGGCUGGCCCAAGCCAAAUACCCGCUAGACACAACCAAUCAUUAUUUUGAAUUUGAAAUUGUUGAUCCUGGUGAUAAAUGUUAUGUAGCAAUUGGGCUUGCAAAACAGAAUUAUCCAAUGAGAAGACACCCUGGCUGGAAUAUUGGAUCCAUAGCUUAUCAUGCAGAUGAUGGGAAACUAUUCCAUGGCUCAGGGAUGGGUGUGCGUUUUGGGCCCAAAUGUUCAAAGGGUGAUAUCAUGGGCUGUGGCAUAUACUUCCCUCAAGAUUACGACAGUGAAUCAGAGGCUCAGCUUAAUGAUGAAGAGGAUGAUGCUAAAGGAGAGGAGGAGGAAGAGGACAACGAAAAUGAUGAUGAAGAAGGCCAGUUAGAUGAACUGCUGGGAAUUGGAGGCUCUGAUGAUGAAGAUGAUAUGUUGUUCAGGCCACCUAAAAGACAUCAUCACAAAGGAAAAGGAACUAAAGUCACAGUAUUCUUCACUAGAAAUGGAAAAGUUGUUGGACAUAAAGAAGUGUGUGUGCCAAAAGGAGGCUUCUACCCAACUAUUGGGAUGCUCAGCUGCAACGAGAAGGUUCGGGUUGACCUGCGACCUUUGACGGGUUAA